AUGGCUUUCCGCGAGCGCAUCAAGAAGGCUCUACGAAAGGCGUCACCAAAUUCGUCACUUCACAAAUCAUCAACAGACACCAAGGAAGGCCGAGAACGCUGGCCUUCGAACGUAUACAAACCUGGCGAACCAAUGCCUCGACCAAAGUACCGUGCCCCCGUCAAGAAGGAACACAAGGAAAAGCUGGAGUCGUUCAAUUUUGCAUCUGCUUGGAGAAGAAAGAGUUUCAUGAGUGAAUACAGCCCUAUGGGCACAAGAAUGCCGAGUCGACGGGCGAGUCUAAUCAGCAGAAAGAGUUUUGGAGGCAGAAGCAGUUUGAGAAACAGCAUGACCAUGAGUAGGAGGAAUAGCGUUUCAGGGGGCGUCAAGAGUGGUCGUGAAAGUCUAGAAGUACCGCGAGAGAGGCAUGCUGCUCUUGCGCCUGCUUUAGCGACUGAAGUUGAAGCCUAUGGCGACGAUGAUGUGACCAAUGUUGGUCUCUCGCGAGUACAAUCCAGAGAAGACAAGCCACACCGACCUGUAUACUCACGACGUCAAACUGCCGAGUUACGAUCAAGAGCUCCGACCAAAGCAUCGCCAUUGGGAAAUACCGCGGAAGGACCUACAUCGACACCAACACAAGCGCCGCCUAAAGCUGCAUUCGCUCACGACCACACACCAUUCACCGAAGAAGAGCUGGCCAGAGCGCUACAACGCAGUCACCUGGAAAUAUCAGCUCAUUGA